AUGGCUAAGUGUUCGAAGGACGUCUCAUCCAACAGAAACAAGUCUAGAAAGGCUUACUUUAAUGCUCCAUCCUCUGUCAGAAGAGUGAUGAUGUCUGCACCAUUGUCCAAGGACUUGGUUGAGAAAUACGGUGUCAAGAGACUUCCAGUCAGAAAAGCUGAUCAGGUUCUCGUCGUUAGAGGUUCAAAGAAGGGCCAGGAAGGUACCAUCUCCUCCGUCUACAGAUUGAAAUAUGCUAUUCAGCUAGAGAAGUUGACCAGAGAGAAGUCUAACGGUGCUUCCGUUCCAAUCAACAUCCACCCAUCAAAGGUUGUCAUCACCAAGUUACACUUGGACAAAAACAGAAAAGCUUUGAUUGCCAGAAAGGGCGGCAAGGUUGAUGAGGAGUAA